CGUUUUCCGUCCCAAGACGUUACUCCUUCCCUUUGUCAUACUAAUUUAAAGAUUUUUUUAUAAUGAAAAAUACCAAUCAUUAUUUGGAAAUAAAGUUUUUCGUACAUAAAAAUGUUCCGAAGAGAGUUAGUUGAGAAUCUACUUGCCGUUUUGGAGGACCCUCAUUUCUGUAUUGUAGGGUAGGAGCGCUAAAUGGGCGGUCCCAGCGACUGUCUCUCUCGACCAACUUGAUGUGCGUCUAGUAUGCCCACAUUUCAUAUAUCAGUGAAAAUAUACCUGGAUGGAACUGAACGUGAACUUCUUGAGGACAGCCAAUAAAAGAAACGAAGGGGCAGAUAUGAAUAGAGUAGAAAAGGAAGGGAGACGAAAGCAGUGUACGAAUCCGAGUACGAAAACAUGCAAGAUUGAAAAGAGAAAGGCCAUUAUAUUUGAGGGUUACGUACUGCAAGUGCACGGCCCCGAUCCCCAGAACAUUUUCGGCACUCGCACUGUUCGUUACGAUUCGAUCGGAUCUUCUCGGGAACGAGGACAACGACGCAGGGACCACUGGAGGGAACUCAUUCUGUACCCAACUUCGUGUAUUCAAUACGGUCGUUCAACAAAAGAAAAUAACAUAAACGUGGAAAAUUCUAGAACAGUUUUUCUCUAGACGGGAUUUUCUAGUGCUCUUGCCAAAAGAUAAGAACUUUGUAACCGGGUCGGACGUGCCAUCAACGGCGAGAAUAAGCGAGCGUAAUAAGGAGUUUCCUCUACAUUUAGUUGGAAAGGAAUCGAAAGGAAGAUAAGAAGGUUGCUCACCCGAGGGAAUACAUUUGAUGUCCAUUGGAGCUUCAAUAACAAUUGAAUUUUACAAAAAUGGAACAGAGCGAAGAUUCAUACUUUUAUUCUAACGUGUGUCACGUCUGUCGAGUUUAUGGCAAAGAUAUCAAGUUGAAAAGAUGCGCCAACUGCACACAAAUAGCUUAUUGUAGUCGCGAGCAUCAAAAACAGCAUUGGCCACAGCACAAAGAGUUCUGUCAAGCUCUUGGCAAGUUGCAGAAACCUCUUGUUGGUUUCCCCCAAAUUAACUUUCCUGAAGUCAACCGAGUAUUUUGGAUAACGCAAAGAUUUUAUUUGUCACAAUUGAUAAAAGCAAGUUUACGUCGAGAGCUCUCGCCUGCUGAAACUGAUAUUUUGAUGUUUCCAAGAUGUUGCAAAAUAUGUCAUGAAAUGGAUUUCUCGAAGUUACGCGACUGUUCGGAAUGUCCUGAUACUACUUUUUGCAUCAAACAUCCAAAGGAUAGUGAACACGCGAGUGACUGUGAAAAAUCAAAACUCCGAUUUGAUUACCGUAAUGUGACUCGUGAUAUGCACCCUGGUUGGGUCAGAACGAUUCCACUGAACUACGGUGCGAGUAUACCAAAAAAUAUAAACGAAGCAACGGAAUUUAUUUUAUCGCACUUCACGCAGAACGAGAUUGGUAAAUUAGGAAGAAUUUGGAGCGCUAUGACCACUGAAUUAUUGACCAGAGUUUACACUUUUUUGUUCGCCAUCCAAAAGUUGCCUCGACCAAAAUCGCGCAGACUAAGAAUUCAUGUGAUCGGUGGAGACAAGUGGGAAGUGAGUGCUGUCAUUUGGUGGCAAUAUCUAUUCCAUCACGAUGAAUCUCUCAAGGAGCUUGAGAUUGUUAUAAUCAGUCCGCUACUCCCAGACCGUUCAAUAAACGGAGGACUCUGCGACAAAUGCAAGAAAAGCAAUCGCAAAGUUAACGUUAAGGUGAAAAGAGGCUUGUACGCUGAAUUCGCAGCAAGCAGUCAUUUCACAAAGCCUGAUUUUGUUGUUGCAUUCAAUUUCGAUAUCCGCGACUUUGCUGCUUACAACCCAAAUACGUGGUCGUCGAGCAUCGAAGCGGUGGCUGAAAUUGGUUGUCCUUUUCUUAUGACUGCACUUGAUGCUGAAAUAUCAAACGAAAACCGAAAUAAAAUUAAUGAGAUUCUUGAGAAAUAUGUCAAAACUUUUUGGGCCGGAGACAAUCCAUAUCCUGGUGGAAUACCUCACAGAGGCCAUCAACCGCAUGAUCUCUGUUGUAGUAAUCAGUAUCUGGUAAUCUACGAAACAUUGACUCAAAAAAAAACCAUAUCCAGGAAGCUUGAAAGAAAAGUGGCCAAAAACAAGGAAAAUGAUAAUCCAUCGCUUAGAUACUGUUCUAGGCCGUUACCUUUCCUUCACCGAGAAAUGAUAGCGUAUCGAAGAUCCUGUGAAAUUUGUCAUGAGAUGGAUCCACAAAAAUUGUACGAUUGCAAGGAGUGUCCAGGUGCCAGUUUUUGCAUUGAGCAUCCAAAAGACGAUGAACAUACUGCAAAAUGCUCAAAAAUAAAACUUUCCUUCGAAUAUAGCAAUGCGGCUUACAAUUACAAACACACACUUCCGUUCUGUUCUGGUAACAAUGUUCCAAAAAACAUUGAUCAAGUAAUACAGCUUUACUCAUUGCAUUGCCCUAUGGACAAAGGUUUUCCAACAUCAGAACUAUGGAUGGUCUUUCUUUCUGAACAAUUAACAAGACCCUACACUUUUUUGUAUUGCAUGGAAAAACUGUCGCUUCCUAAAUCACAAAUAAUGACAAUUCACGUUAUUGGUUCGAACUUCAAGGAAAUGGAAAACGUGCAAUUGUGGCAAAAUUUACUCUGGAAUGAUAAAUCUCUUAAGGAGCUCAACAUUGUUUUCAUCGGCCCAACACUUAAGACCAAUUUUUUCGAAAUUGUCUGCCCUAACGAAGAUACAAAGAUACCACGCAAACUGAAAAUUUACUGCGAAGGACUCGUAUAUCACGAUUUCGCCAUAGACCAAUCUUUCACAAUACCUGAUUACGUGAUUGGAUUCAACUUGGGAUUCUGCGCGUUUCCUCCUGAAGAUGACACUUGGGCUCUAACUAUCAAAUUUUUGACUGAUCUGGCUUGUCCUGUUUGUAUAACAUCAUACGCCGCCUUUGAAAUGGAAUUGGACCAAAACAGAAUUGAGUUAUUUCUCAAUGAUGAAGUCAAACCUUUGUGGUAUGGAAAGAAUCCGUUUUCUGGCUUGGCACCUAUCAGAAACUAUGAGGUUGAUGAGUUCGCUUAUAACAAUCAGUAUUUGACCAUUUAUGAAAAAUUGGCUUAAAUAUUUAUUUUCGAAUUCAGAUCCGUCCGAUAUCUUAAUUUACAAACGAAGCAGUUUAUCAAAUAAAGAGAAUUCAACAAUCGAACAUUUGUUCGUUAGUUGGCAAAGAAAGUUUCAAUGUUUCAAAUAGGCAUAUUUUAUGUUGUAAAUGUUCAAGGGAACAAUUUUUUCUUUCAUCAGUACAAACAUUUUUCGCUGAUCUUUUUUGUUUUAUCAGUGCGAAAGCUUCGUCCACUGAGAUCGGUUUGUAUACCCUAAACAGUCAAACUCCUGAAGGGUUUGAUAAGAAUUGAAUAAGAAUAAUUGAAGCUGCGUAUCAAUCUACUUCAUUACAUAUUAUACUUUAUUUUAAGUUUUUCGUAAUAUUUUCAAACCUUGCAUUUGUAUCUGUACUCUAUUCAAUUUGAAUGAUCUAUGGAAAAAUAUACUGUAUGCGUUAAUUUGUUUUACGAACGAAACUUGGGGAAAUAUUUGUUGAAAAAGUUUAUUGAAAAAUCUUCAGUCAAUAAUUUUUCACUAUGGUUGAUGUCAUCAA